AUGAUGCAGAACCCCCUCAAAUGGAGUCUUUUUGCCUUGCCUGCGUCCCUCGGCCUCUUCUUUGGCCUCUUCUUUGGCCUCUCGUACCCAGAAAUUGUUCGUAAAGGCUGGCCAUUGACCACUUGUCAUGUCCUAUCAUCAAAACUGGACUCGCGCUACUGCUGUGAAAAAGUUUGCACAGCGGGAUGCAGCGUGGUGACCAUCGGUGCCCCCCUUUGCUCAUCUCAGAUAUCCCUAGUGAAUAACGCGUUCAGUCCCUCUCGAUGCGCCAGCGAUAGAUCGACAUGCCCACCGCAGAUAGGGCAGGUGUGCGACGGAGGAUUCCACUGUUGUUCUAAUUGCUGCGAUACGUGUAGAUCUUGCAAGAUAAAAUGCACUGGUCAUCCACUAGUCUGUACCCAGUCAUGCUCGUCCAGUCCGUGCCGGUGCCGAUGCUGCUCGAGUACCCCUCAGCAGUCUUGCACCGUUUCGUGCCCGUCAUGCUACUCUGUCGACCUGACUCUGAGGUUUGGCUCUGGUCCUACACGCGGUAAAGCACGGUCUGCUAUAUAUCACCAAGACUUUGGGAAGGACGAAGUCAGCUCGAAGCAGUUCCUUGAUAGCCACCCUAUCAGCUCCUCUUCCAGGUGUUUCUAUAACCCCAAGAAUCCCAGCCAGGUAUCCUUCGAUGUAUCCUUUACACCGUGGAAGUGGGCUGUGGUAUCGAUCUUCGGUAUCGUCCCGCUCUUUCUCAACCUAGCCGUGCUGGUGACGAUUCUUGGUGUCAUUCCCGCGUACCGAGCGAUUAACGCGAAGCUCGCCGAAAGGCGACAACGAGACGUGUCAGAGACAGCUUUCCUUGUUUCUAAUCAAGGACCUCAAGAGGUUAAUGAUAUCUCCUCGAAGGAAAUGGCGGUUGAUCUUGAAGGGACUCACGACAAAGGAUAUUCGAAUGCAGAUUCCGACGACGAAGUCCCUUUACUUGACGCUAAGGGAGUGCACAAAUUCUAA